CCCGCCCCAUCCCGCCGCCCCGGCCGGCACGCGACGCCCCCUCCAGGCCCGGCUCCCGCGCCCUAUUUGGUUUUUCGGGGGCAGGCGGCGGGAGGGGAGGCGUGCGCGGCGGAAGGGGGCGCGCAGCGGGCUCGCGUGCGCCAGGGCGCAGCUCUCAUCCGCGCAGCAGCCACCGCGUUGGGAACCCACGAGGCCUCCGCGCCCUGCCUCGGAACAAUGGGGCUCGGCUCGCGAGGUGUCUUGGCGGUGCUGGCCCUGGGGGUCGUGGUGGGGGUAGCGCUGCUGAAGAUCGUCUCCGACGGCACAGAGCCGGAGGAAUCUCCAAGUAAGAAGAUUCCUAUGUCUGUAGAAAACUCCAGUGAUAACCAGCAAGAACAAGAACAGGUACCUUUCAGCCCUACAAGUGUAUCUUCCAACCACAAUAUGAAACUAUCAACUCCAGCUUCCUCAGUCUCAAAGAAUAUGGCAGCUUUCACCUCGAAACCCACAGCAAAACCAUCAACAACUGCAGUUGCCUCACACUUAAAUAACAGGAGAGUCAUCACCUUGAAAACCACAGCAAAACCAUCAACAACUGCUUCAGCCUCAAAUAACGGGCCAGCUGCCACCUCGAAGCCCAUACCAACAUCUAAAAUCACACCAGAGGUCUCAAUAAAUAUGACUUCUACCACCUUAAAGUCUACACCCAAAAUAACAAAUGUUUCACAAAAUACAUCCCAGAUAACAACAUCCACAGUGACCACAACCCACAAUAGUUCGGUGACGUCUGUUUCUUCAUCAGUAACACUCACAGCAACUAUUAUUUCUAAGGAAAAUAAAGGAUCAAAAUUUGAUACUGGCAGCUUCGUUGGUGGUAUUGUAUUAACACUGGGAGUUUUAUCUUUUCUUUACGUUGGAUGCAAAAUGUAUUAUUCAAGAAGAGGCAUUCGGUAUAGAACCAUCGAUGAACAUGAUGCCAUCAUUUAAGGGACUCCAAGGACCAAUGGAAAGAAGAUUGAUACAGCCCUAUCAACUAAUUUUGAUUUAUAAUUACUUUAAAACAGUAUUCUCUUCUUGAAAAUAGCAUAAACAGGCCAUACACAUAAUACACAAUGUAUUAUAUAAAUAUGUAAAGAUUCCUCAUGAUUAUGAAAGGUAAAAAGGGUUUGAUUUGGGUUUUUUAAUGAACAUAUGUAGCAUACAGUUAAUGCAAUUGUUGUAAUACUCACUUUUAGAAAAUACAAAGUAAGACAAGUCCUGUCCCAUUUUUUUGUGGCAUUGGUUACAUAGGGCCAGUAAUUGGAAAACAUCAUCACUGAAGGGUAUGAUACCAUCUGGUCAUACAAAUAAGGAGCUUGUCUCAGCACUCAGGAUUUUGAUGUCUUUGUUGGUCACACAAAGAACCUCAGUGCUAUUAAGAGCUGGAUAUAUCCUAAUUACCACUGCCACAUAGCAGAAAUUAUAUGAAUAAGCCAAGUCUUAAGCAUAAUUUUAGUUUGUGUCGCUUCAGAAAGCAUCCAUAUUUCAUAUGUUUAAACUUAGUUAUUUUAGUUAUUUGGUUUAGAAACAAAAUGCAUGCCCCUCCCCUCACCAAAAAAACAAUCAAGUAAAACUAGAAACAAUAUCUGGGCUUAUCCCUGUUAGAGAGCCAUUGGAGAGCCUGUAUUUUUAAUAACUUCUUUUGUGCUUUCAAUGGCAAUUGAUGUAAUUGCCUUUUUUUCCUCUGUAAUUUCAGUAAAUUGCAAUGUUUAACAUAAUAAUGUUUUAAAGACUUAGUUAUUAGUGUGAAAUAAUGUUAGAUUAUUUGCUACUGUGAGAAUACUGUCACCACUGGAAAUUGCUUUAUUUCAUGUUCAGCUGUUAAUUUUAUAUUUAGCGAAUAUUUUUAACAGAUGUAGAACUGCUUUCAGUAUCUAGAAAUGGUUAAUGCAAUGUAAACACACUUAGCUUUAGAAAAACAAAAAAAAAGACCCUCGUAUGAUUUCCAGAGCAACAUUUAGAAUUCUCUUUAGUCUGAAGGACAGGUCAAUGCUGUUUAUCGAGCGAGGGAUUGUGGGCUCCCCUCAGGCUACUAAACCUAUAGGAUGAGAAUGCUGCAUUUUCGUGUACUGUCAAUGUUAUACUCAAAGAUUUGGGGAAACAGCAUUUUUAUACUAAAACACAAAUGUGUUUUGGAAUAAAUUCUUACAAACAGGAGUUUUUAAGACAGAAAACUUCCUGCUUCCUUAUUUGGGUCUUCUUUAGACUACUCGUCUUCCUCCCCUGCUAAGGAGGAGGCCCUCUCAGAUGUAUUAUGUUAAUGGAGAGGAAAAGCACAAUAUUGUGGGGACACCAGUAUCAGCCAUAUUUUGAAGUGUUUUCAGCUUUACAGUUUAUAUUCCAGCACUCAAAACUCAGGGUCAAGUUUUGACAAAAGAGGUAUUUAGUCAUACUACAUACUAAGAUAUUGUUUCCUCUGUCUUAGAUGGUCAGAGUAAAUCACACCAAUUUCUGACAGUCCAAACAUGAGCUAAGAAGUCCUAAUAAAUAUGUACCUACAUUUAAUAAGAAUUAAAUGUAACUUUUGUGAUCAGCUUUUGGUUUGCAGAGAGUCAAGAAUUCUGAUAUAAAAGGGCCAUUUCUACUCACUGUGCAUUAUGGCCAAUCAAUGUGAUGAAUAUGAUUAAUAAAAAUUAUCCAGAAUAUGGAUGUGACAGGGUGGGUUGGGUGGAUGUGACACGUACAGUGUGAAAGAAAUAUUAUGAAACACGUGUUUGCAUUACUUUGAAAAGAGACGUGAGCUGAUAAAGUUGUAUGUUACUAACUUAGCCGUAACUGGUCUUUUAACCACUGCUUCAUUUCUUUGCAAAAUAUACUGAAGACAUAUUUUAUAGUAAUGGGGGCUUUUUAAACUUCAUUUGUCUCCUGCAUUCUUGAUAUUUCAGUACUUUAAGUCAGUCAGAGCUUAGUAGACAGGCCUGAAAUUUUCUUGAAUACUUGUUUCUUAGCACUUUGAAAAAUAUAAAACCACUUUUUAAGUACUAAAUGUCAUUAUUUGCUUUUAAAAUUUCCUGUGCUUUGGGUUUGAAAUAUUUUAGUUAUGUCUUUUUUUCUGUAUAUAAGUUGUAUAAUUUGUUACUGUCAAAUAUCAGUACUUCAAUGCAGUCAGGUUUUCGGGUUUGGGGCUUUUUUGUUUUUGUUUUUGUUUUUGUUUUUGUUUUUUGGUUAAUUGCAAAAAUUGAGGGAAACAGCUAUAUAAAUCAGUAUUUCCCUUUGGAGCACAUUUCCUAAGUGUAAAUUUAUCUUCCUCAUUAUGUUUACUUCAGCAAAUGUUCAGUUUUAUUUGCAUUCUUUAAGAAUGUAUUUACUUGAAGAUAAAAGCAAUUCGGAUAUAUGUCUAAAUAUUAGGCAGAAUUCAACCUAUGAUUUUAACAUUUCCUUGGAUGAUCCAUAGAAUGAGUAACUCAAGUACAGAUAAUGAGAGCUGGCAGUACAUUACAGGGGUAAUUUUCUAUUUUUCAGGAAAAAAAAUGUAAAGCAAACUUCUGUUACUUUUUUUCUUUUUAUUACAAUGACCAACUUUUGGUAUUUCGUUGUUACUGAGAUCUAUUUUUAGAAUAAAAUUUUGAUCUUUAAGAAUAGUGUGUGG